AUGGACGCGCACAAGAAGUAUCGUUGCAAGAACUUCAUUUCGCACGCCGAGUACAUGGCAAAGAAACUCGUGGUUGAGCAGAUGUUCCACAACUUCGCGGUCGGGGACAUCAUCAAGGAUGUGGAGCAGGCCGAAGCUGCUUGCGCAGCUGGGCUGGAGAUGACGUCACGAGAAAUCGUGUUUCGCCUGUUAGCAGCGCGCGGCCAUUCUCGUUUUACCAAGGAAAAGUUCUGCCGCGGCAUCACCCUUGGCAUGGUCUGGUUCCGCGGACCACGGAUUGUCUUGGGGCCAGAGGCAGCUGAGCACGUGCUCGACAUCUUGCAGGGACCCCGCCUAGAGGCUGGCUGCGGCUGA